AAUAUUAAACGGUUCGAAGAAAUUUAACAUUAUGCGGUGUAAUAAAAACGUACAUUUUUUAGAAAAACAAAAUUAAAAUACUUUUACUAUUUCAAAAUCUGUGAUUUCAUUUUGAUCAUACACAACAAAAAGUUAAAAGAUUGUUUUACAUCUUUGUAACAGUUUUAAAAAUUUUCUACAUUUCACAUUCACUUUACAUUUUUACGGCUCUAUAUAUGUGUAUUAUGCGAGUAGAAAGUAUUAUUAGUAAUUAUAUAUACAAAGUUUUUCUGUAAUUUGAACUUGAUACAGCUGAGGUCAUAGUGCUAUAUUUAUGUAUUUAUAUACAGCUUCUUAUUUUAUUUUUUUAAUUCUAAUAAAUUCUUCUUCAAUUUAGUUGUGGUUUUAUUAUAUUUAGAUUUGUUCUGUAUAUAUUGACCGUAUACCGUAUAUUAUCUUUAAACAAGUACUGACGAGCCCUGCAACCGCGAAGUAGUAUUCCAUGAGUCAAAGAUGCCUGGAGAACCAUCUAUGACUAGUGGAAAUAAAAGUGCUGGGAAAAUCAAACGGAUUUCUAUUCCAAGAGUACAAAGUAGUACAGAUACAGAAUUGCAAUCACAAAGUGGAUCUACUCCAUUGCAACCAACUGCACUUCACUAUGCAGCUUUUCGUACAGACCCUGAUGAUAAUAUACUUCCACCAGCUUUACGAUGUCGACUUUUUGAAUUAUUUCAACAAAUAGAAAAAGAAUUUGAGGUUCUGUACACAGAAAAUUUGGGAUUACAAGAGAAGAUAGAUACUCUUAAUGAGAGGCUUGAAAGGGAGUGUUAUGGUUCUGGAGAACGGAGCUUACCUCUUGGAGAUGUUGCAGACUUUCCAGAUACAAAAAGUCUUUCCAAACAAAAAUCUAUGGCAGGGAAUUCAGCACCAAAAACAAAAACAACUUCUAAUAAGUUAAAAGCACAAACUAGUAAAAUAGUUUCCAGUUUUAAAACACCAACUAUGACAUGUAGUAUGCAAAGAGAAUAUUUUGGGCAUCGAGAUGGUGUUUGGGAAGUUUCUGUUGGAAGAGCAGGUCAAAUUAUUGCUACAGCUUCUGCUGAUCACAGUGCUAGAGUUUGGGCUAUGGACAGUGGGCGUUGCUUAUUGCAGUAUAUUGGUCAUUCUGGCUCUGUUAACUCUGUACGUUUUCAUCCUACCAAAGAGUUGGCCCUCACGUCAAGUGGAGAUAAUUCUGCUCAUGUGUGGCAAGCUGCUGUAGAUUGGGAUUUACCUAAAAGACAGAAUUCAUCUGAAGACCUUUCAGGGUUGAGUUCUGAUAGAAAUCUUAGUGGUGUGAUUACUUUGAAUGAGGAACAAGAAGAACCGCCUACACUAAGAACUCCAAUACGAGAGUUAUUAGGACAUACGGGUGUCGUGAUGGCUGCAGAUUGGUUACCUGAUGCAGAGCAGAUAGUCACUGCUUCUUGGGAUAGAACUGCAAAUCUUUAUGAUGUAGAAACUGGAGAAAUUAUUCACACAUUAUGUGGACACGAUCAAGAACUUUCUCAUGUAUCAACUCAUCAUACGCAACGACUUUGCGUUACUUCGAGUAAGGACAGUACUUUUCGUCUGUGGGAUUUUAGGGAGCCCAUUCAUUCGGUUUCUGUUUUCCAAGCUCAUACCGAGACUGUGACAUCAGCUGUCUUCGCGCGUGAAGAUAAAAUCGUUUCCGGCUCAGAUGAUCGAAGUGUAAAAGUAUGGGAAUUACGAAAUAUACGAAGUCCUUUAGCUACAAUUCGAGGUGACAGUGCCGCUAACCGAUUAGCCGUAUCAAGCACUGGCAUCGUUGCAAUUCCACAUGAUAAUAGACAAAUUAGAUUAUUUGAUCUUAACGGUCAACGAUUUGCUAGAUUGCCUAGAACUAGCAGACAGGGACACCAGAGAAUGGUCUCGUCUGUAGCCUGGGCUGAAGAUAGCGGGGUCUGUAACUUAUUCUCUUGUGGUUUUGAUAGAUUAGUCCUUGGAUGGAGUAUCAUACCUCUUAGAGAAUGUUAAAUAUAUGUAUAUUACAAAUAUAUUUAUUUAGUUUAGUUUAAUGUUAUAUUAUACCAAACAGGAUUACAAAAUCAAAUUCAAUUAAAAAUAAAUAAUUAAACUAAUUUUGAAACUUCAAACGUCGUGAAGGAAAAAUUAGGUGUGCAAUUGUAAACCACUAUGCCUAUUCCCAAAAUUAUUAAAGAUUCCAGUCUUCUGUUGUUGGUCGCCACUGAAAUUAUAUAACAUAUAGAUAUAUUAAUAAUAACUAUAAAUAAUUUAUUCUAAUUAUAAGUACGGUUAUACGAUUAUAGUAAUAGGAUGAGUUUAACCGCUAUAUGCGUGAAGCAUUCAUCAGCUUAGCACCGAAAGGUGUUUUAACUUAAACACUACAUCCUUGAAGAUUCAUACGUACAAAUAAAUAAAAUAUAAUAUAAA